AUUUAGGUCGUCUAAAUUCUUCACUUGUCAUUAGCUUCAAAUUAGCUCCAAGCUAUGACGUGCUCAAAGCACGAGUUAUGGACCAGGAGAGUAUUUAGUAGAUAGUUGCAGUGGAUCAGUCCUAAAGUCUUUUUGUCCUAAUCGAUACAUAGAGACCACUUGUUGGAGGAUAAUCUGUACGUUAUGUGUGGGGGAAGCAGGUGCUUUCAAUUUAACGUGACUGCAAAUAACCUCAACAGAAUUCGCCCAUCCUCUGCUCAGUGUCCGUGGAAUUUAUGUGAUACGAUAUCCUCGACGCUAAUAGUGGCAAUACCGAAAGUUAAGCCUAUUGCAGCGGAAUAUCAAAUGAAGGCCCCGUGGCCGCUCAAAAGGGAUCAGACACGCAGUUAUGGUGGAGGAAAUCCCAAAAUGUUUUGAAUACCAGUCUGUGUCGGCACAACACCUAUCAGGCUUCUGCUCCAAAGCACACUGGAAAAAGUCAGGAAAAACAUACUAGAACCUCCACCACCACCUGCAUUUAUCUGGAUUUCAGACCCAGUAUGUUCAUCGGCAUACCUGAUGGAUUAAUGCUGCUCAAUGAAUGUGUUUUCAGAACCUGAAGAUACGACCUUCCCAGAACCUUGAAAAUGUUUCAUUCCACAUUUAACUUUUCUUACAAUGCACCACACGAAGCAUGCAUCCCCACCACUCUCAAUAACCAUGUGGAUUUCUGUGAUAUAGGUUUGAGCACACAAGACAAUCAAGACACAAAAGAGUCACAAUCUUUUAAUCUGACCAAGAAGAAUGUGUGGGACAGUAUUAUGACAUCUGGCGACUCUGGUGGAGAAGGCCAAUUGAGUUCAUCUGAAAGCUCGCGAAGGGGAUAUAUUGAGAAUGCUAGCUGCUCCAUGAGCUCUGGUGAAAUGGUGUUAAGAAGAAACAGUUUUUGUGUAGCAGACCAUUCCCCUUUGGUAUUUUCUUCCAUUGAUGAAUCAUACAUCUCUCCAUCUGCAAGGCAUACAGCAUUGCAUAACGAAUCUCGUAUACUGACCACACCCACCCAGCAAGAUUUGUGUGAAAAAAACAACUCUGGGCUUGCAUACCUUGGCAUGACUUUCACACUGUCUGAUAACUGUGAGCUCCCCGAUGAGAGUGUGGCUACAUUUCCUAUGGUUAUGCCAACUGAAAAUCAUGGUGGUCUUCAAAUGACAUUUGUGUGCGAAGACAAUCAAGAUAAUGAAAAAAAAUUGCAAUUGGAUCGUGUCAAAUCUAUUCAGGACAUGGAUACGAGUGGACAGACUUCCACACCAUUACAAAACACUGGGGGCAAAAUCUUUCCUCCCCUUUUAGAAUCCAAUAGCUUUGAAUAUGGAUGCAGUCCAAUAGUAUUGCCAUCUGCCAGAAAAGUAAAGAAUAUGGAGAUUAAUGUCUCUGAAUCAGAAUUGAAUAAUCUCAAUUCCAAAGCUCUGACACAUACUGAGCACAAACCAACUGAGUCAGGAUCACCUCCACAGCAGAAACCAAUGCAAACAAAUGUGCUCAGUAAUUGCAAGGAACGUCCAAGUGGAACUAGCAGAAUUAGUCCAACUAAAGUAAGCAAUAACAAUGCAUUUCUUACGGUCUCUAAUAAAAGCGCAAACAAUGUCCAGAGACAAGUAAAAUCAAGGGCUUCACAAUUUGGUGGUAAAAUCAUACAGUCACCUGGAAAUAUUCUAAGCAGUGGAAAAUGCAAUAGUAGCGUAUCUGCUGCAGCAGUUAAAUCUGCUCCUGUAGCCCAACGUAUUAAAGUCAAGACAGAGCAAACUCCUUUAAGCAAAGUUGCAGAACCUCCAGCUCAGUCCGCUACAUUCUGCACGUCAUCCUUUGAAAAGUUUCCAGAUAAAAGUUUCCAGAAUGAUCAGAAACAAAUUCCAAAGAAGAACUCAUCAAACAAAAUUAUCAAGUCGGGCUCAGCUUUGCAUCAGGCCAAGACACGGCCUCGAAGUUCAUCAGAGAGUUUGCCUUGCACAUUUCGACCACCUAAGGAAAUGAGUGCAAUUUCUAAAUUAUCAACUCCCAUUAUAAUCUCAAGACAUACGAAACCAACAAAAUCGAUGACCCCAAACAACUCUUCCCAGUGUAAUAUGGCUUCAACGACUGAGUCCUCCAAAAGACCUUCUGUAAACUCUCCUAGAGAAGUCAAUAGGAUCAGCCGAGUGACAGAAUCUGGCAGGACAGUGGGAGCCUCUUCAGAAAAGAGCAGAAACCAAGUACAGACCUUUCCAAACCAGCCAAGAGGGACAUAUCUUUCACAACCACCCGUUGCCAGUCCUAGACCUUCUACUCAGUCGAUUAAGCAGCGACCAGGAACUAAUUGUGGGAUUGACUUCAGGGUGUCUAAAUAUGUAGGCACCCCACAAUCCAAGCAGAAUACCAUUGCAGGGAGUCUGCAGACUCCAACAACAAAAGAACCAGCCACAGCAGAAAGUGUCAAGCCCCAGCUAAACAUAUCCAAGCCUCCUCCAACUCCCUUGCGUCCCUCUUAUACGGGCCCUCUCCCAUCUCCUGCCUCUCGACUACCUCGAAAGACCCCAGUGCCAUCCAGGAGCCUAAAUAAACCAAGCACUCAUGGUAAUCAGAAUGAAGGUGCAGCAAAAACACAACUUUCUGGGUUAGCUGCACAUAAACAAACCCCUGUUAAGACGGUUGUACUGAAAGCAAGAUUAAUACCAACCCCUGGAAGGUGUACUAGACAAAACACAACACACACACCAGCUACUAAUGCCAACAAAGGUGUUUCUACUUCUACUCUGAGUCCACUAAAAAGAACUCCUUCCAGAUAUGCUUGUCAAACACCACAGAAGCCCGAAAAUAAGACCAAGACAUCUUGCCGGCAGCAAGCGUCAGCAUCCCAAACCAUACAGAAUUGUGGUUCUCCAGAUGUCGUGCCACCCACUCUCUCACAGGAUGAUCGAAAUGAACAGAGGAUCCACAAUCUUGGACGACUCCUUGCAGCAUCCAACUGCAGAUUUGAAGCAGUUACUAUCAUCUUGCAGCAAAUGCUGGCUGAGCGUGAUGAAGCCACAGAGCAGUGCAGACAACUGUCUCAGGAGUUGGUCAACCUCCGAGGAGAGUUGGUGUGCUCAGUCAAGUCAUCUGAACUGCUGGAAAAGGAAAAGCAGGAUUUGCAGGAUGCCUUGGAGUGUGCAAUGGGCAGACUGCAAGAGCAGCACCAGAAGGACCUGGAAGAGCUGGAGCAAAGACUGCAGGUCUUCUACCAGGCUGAGUGUGACAAGGCCCACAUUACCUACCAGGAAGAGGCAGACAAGUUCAAAGCUCUGCUACAGAAGCAGAUGGAGCACCUUGAAGUCAGUCAUGACGCCACAAUGCUGGAAUUAAAGCACAGCCAAGUAGAACAGCUGCGUUGUGUUAAACAACAGCAUGAGCAGUCACUGGAAGCCGAGAAAGACUUGUAUGCAGUUUUCAUAACAUCUUCCAAUACCAUAACCUCUUCAGAGCUCAGGAAAAGCCACUCUCUGGAGCUGGCAUCUUUGAAUUCACAUUUGAAGGAUGCAGAAGCGGCACUCUCUGCGCAGAUUCAAGCGCUGUCUCAGGAAAAUGCUGACCUGAUGGAGAAGCUAACUGCAGAAGAAAACAAGCGACGAGAGCUGUCAGAAAGUCAGAAGGACCCGCACACUUUCUAUCUGGAGCAAGAGUUGGAAAGCCUGAAGGUGGUUCUGGAUAUAAAAAACAAACAACUUCACCAACAGAAGGAGAAGGUUGUCAAAAUUGACGAACUGGUUGAGAAAAAUGUGAAGUUAGAUGAGAGCCUUAAAAAGGUCCAGCAGGAGAAUGAGGACCUUAAAGCUCGGAUGGACAAAUAUGCCGCUCUCUCUAGGCAACUGUCUACGGAGCAGGCCAUGCUGCAGGAAUCCCUCCAGAACGAGUCCAAAGUGAACAACCGUUUGUCCAGGGAGAACGAAGAGCUGCUCUGGAAACUCCACAACGGUGACCUGAGCAGCCCCCAGAAGGUGACCCCAUGCUCGUCUCCAUCUCAUUCCUUCAGCUUCCAGUCACCCAGCUCCUCCGGCACCAGCUCUGUCCUCCCGUUGUCACACAGAUAACAACAGCCCCAUGCUUCCCAGAAGCAAACACUCAUUGAAGUCAGUCCUUUUAAAUCUCACCCCAGUGACCUGUUGGCAGAGCAACAUAUCAGCCUGUGGGGGUGGGUCAUCUUUUCCAGAUGAACAUUGACAUCAUCUAGACGGAGACAGACUGUAAAUUGAUGCACACAAGCACUUAAGAAGCGAGGCAAUGUUGCUGUUUGGCUGGCUCGAGGGAAGGGAAGUGCAAGGGUAGGGGAAAAAAGAGUUUUAGGAUUUGUAUGCCAUGAAACAUUUUGUCCUACUUGUAGCCACUGGAUAUUUGUCUGUUUUGAAGCUCUCCAUGUACAUUUAUGCACAGUUUGGUAUACAGCCCUGCCUGGUUUCUGGUAGUGGAUUACUGCACCUUACGUUACUAGUAUGUGAAAGUGUGACCCUCAAAACAUCUCUAUCCAAUUAAAGCCAACAGUUUCAGCCACACCAGCUUGAUCCUGUGGUGGGCCAGGUGGGCUCGGGACCAAUCCAAAUUCUUUCCGCGUGUUUUGUGUAUCAGGUCCAUCUCUGUCUUCCUCAAGGAACGCUAACACAGCUUUAAAGUUAGGGUCUGUUGUCAGGAGGAGGUUUUGCUUCUGCACGUUGCCUUGAAUAUGUCUCCUAAAUAGAAUUACUGUAAAAGUUUUAUUCUUUUGGCACUGUUUGAAAUAUGCAAUAAAAAUUUUCAGUUUU